AUGUUUGUCAUGAUCAAAAACUGGCUGCUUGGAGCCACCGAAGAGAGCGAGUAUAAACUGCUGAGCACCGAGUGCAAGUCUGGAGGCGCGGAGCUUGAUCAGGUGUCAGGUGAUCUUCAGCGAAAGCUUCUCGACUACAUGAGCGGCGACAACGAACAAGGUGAGGUGAUGAACACACCUGUCCCCAUCAUCUUCACCGUGUUCCCGCGUGACGACGGCUCGUUAAACCGCCGGCUGGUCGCCGCUCUGCGUAUCCCAGUCUCCUUCCAGAUCAGCCCGCCCAACCCGACCGACUCGUCCAUUCGGAUCGAGGAGCGGCCCGGCAUGACCGUCUACGUGCUGCGCUUCGGGGGUUUCCCGGGAGAGAGCGAGUUUCGCGCGGAAGCCUCACGACUGACGUGUACGCUGGGAGACUCCGCCCCCUUCCUGCGCAAACAGUACCUGUGCUGCAUGUACGACCCGCCCAUCAAACCCUACGGCCGCCGGAACGAGGUGUGGUUCCUGCAGGACGAGCCCUGAAUCCCCCGCUUACCCAGAAUCCUCCGCGGCGUGUUGACUUCCAGUAGAGUAGAGGACCGCGAGGAAAACCUCUUCUUUUGUGUGAUUCAGACUCAGCUGCUUGAUGUCGUGUUAUUUUAAUAAACACUGGUUUAUA